GAGUGGGCGUGGUCUCGGGGGCCCCGCCCCGUCCCGCUUAGACAAUGCCCGGGAGCCGCCAGACCGUCGCGCCCCCGCCCCACCGCAGCUCUUGAGCUCGCCUAGCCGGAGACCCCUCAAAAGCCGAGAGGUCCAGUCCCCGAGGCUUGAAGACUAGGACUCCCUUCUCCAACCAACUCUGUCCUCAGGGGGGUGGGGCCCAGCCGAGAUCACAGAGCGCAGGAGUCCCGGUAGCCGCGGGAGGACUUCCAUCUUCCAGACCCCGACCCUCUCCGCAGCUGUCUCCUCCUGGCCCAUAACCCCUUCGGGUCCCUCGCCACACUUCAGACAGGUGAAGUAAAAGAGAAAACUAAAGAAAUCAGCGUGGCCGGAGGGGGAGACGGUGUGGAUGGGAUGGGGACGCCAGGGGAGGGGCUGGGCCGCUGCUCCCAUGCCCUGAUCCGGGGGGUCCCGGAGAGCCUGGCUUCGGGGGAAGGUGCGGGGGCUGGCCUCCCGGCUCUGGACCUGGCUAAAGCUCAGAGGGAGCACGGGGUGCUGGGGGGUAAACUGAGGCAGCGAUUGGGGCUGCAGCUGCUAGAACUGCCUCCUGAAGAGUCGCUGCCGCUGGGACCGCUGCUUGGUGACACCGCCGUGAUCCAAGGGGACACGGCCCUAAUCACGCGGCCCUGGAGCCCCGCCCGCAGGCCGGAGGUCGAUGGAGUCCGCAAAGCCCUUCAGGACCUUGGGCUCCGGAUUGUGGAGAUGGGGGAUGAGAACGCGACUCUGGAUGGCACUGAUGUUCUCUUUACCGGCCGGGAGUUCUUCGUAGGCCUCUCCAAGUGGACCAACCACCGAGGAGCUGAGAUCGUGGCAGACACGUUCCGGGACUUCGCUGUCUCCACUGUGCCGGUCUCGAGCCCCUGCCACCUCCGCAGCCUCUGCGGCAUGGGGGGGCCCCGCACUGUGGUGGCCGGUAGCAGCGACGCAGCCCAAAAGGCUGUCAGGGACUGCCCGGUGUGCCCCCUUUCCUGCUGCACCGUGGAGGUGGGGACCUGCCCAAUAGCCAAGAGGCACUGCAGAAGCUCUCUGACGUCACCCUGGUACCUGUGUCCUGCUCAGAACUGGAGAAGGCAGGCGCCGGUCUUAGCUCCCUUUGCCUGGUGCUCAGCACACGCCCCCACAGCUGAGGGCCUGGCCUCAGGGUCCUGGCUGGCCAUGGGUAGGGCAGCAGAGGGAGUAGAAGGGGAAGGAAGCUUAGAUAGAGGACAGGGACUAGGUAGUAGUGGGGAGAGGGCCCCAGGAUUGGGGGAGGGAGGGCUUAGUGUGGGAAAAAGGAAUAGAGUCCACUGGGUGAGUCCUCUUCCUCAGAACUAAUAAAACAACUGACCUUUUAGACUGG